AUGCUUGCGAAUGACGGCGCUGACGUGUACAGCGCCGACAUUUACUCGCUGUACCUAUUCCGUCGCGGUAAGCUCAUCCCGAGCGAAGAGACGCAGGAGACGGCGUGUAAGAAGUCUCGUGUCAUCAUUACUGGCGUCCCCGUUAAGAGCUACAAGCUGCCGCUUGAGUGGGUCAGCGAAAACACGGUCAUCAUCAACGUCGCGUCCUUCAAGAACGUGGACGAGGCCGAGCUGCUUAAGAUAAAGGGCGUGCAGUACGUGCCACUGGUGGGUAAGGUCACGGUGGCCAUGCUCGAGCGCAACCUGCUGCGUCUGUACGAGAACUUCCACUGGAAGCCUAAGAAGGUCUGGCAGUAA